UCAGCUGAUUGAAGCGUUUGCCGAUGAUUGAAGAUUUCGACGGUGACCUUGAUGACUUCGUCGCGUCGAUGAUGAUCAUCAAGAGUAGAAAUGUCAAAAUAGCGGUAAUCGCAUUGCGAUGUAAACAAGGACCACGCGAAACGACCAACGUGAAUAAUAACAGCUUAGAAUUUAUAACGAAUAACUUAAUUAAUCAAGAACAGUUUAAAGUUAUAAAACAAAAUAACAGCACUAGGAUGAUCGCUCUGGUAGACGCUCCUGUUUUGCCCGGGUUCCGCGUGGAGGAAGCCAUAGAGAUGGCCAAAUCAAACAAGAAGGUAGUUCUCGGACCGGGACUCCGCCAGGACAGGGACGAUGCUGUGCUGGUGUGCAAAAGUGGUGUCCUGCGAAAGAAAACCCCCAACACAUUCUGGGUCGAUUGUUAUCAGAAGCGAUAUGUCCCGAAUCGGAGCGAGAUAGUGGUGGGUAUUGUAACGCAGAAGGCCGGAGAUAUCUUCCGGGUGGAUAUCGGCGGUAGUGAACCGGCUUCGCUGUCCUAUCUAGCGUUCGAAGGCGCCACCAAGAAGAACCGUCCGGACGUGAACGUGGGGGAUGCCAUUUGUGCCCGAUUGCUCAUAGCCAACAGGGACCUGGAACCGGAACUGAUUUGUGUGGAUUCGCACGGGAAGAAGGGAAAGUUAGGAGUGCUGCAGGAUGGCUUCGUGUUUAACUGUAGCAUCAAUCUGGUGAGGAAGAUUCUGAAUCCGAAAUGUGUCUUUCUGGAUCUGUUGGCAAAGGAAAUGGCCUUCGAGAUGGCCGCCGGAAUGAACGGACGGAUAUGGAUCAAGGGGAAAACGGUGAAGGAAACUAUUGCCGUUGGGAACGCUAUCUUGGCCGUCGAGUUCAAAUCAAACGAUGAGUUGAAAGAGCUGUGUGACGAUAUUGGCAGCUAUGUCGCUGGAUUUUCGUAGAUAAAGUGGAGUAUCAACCUAAA